CGCCCUUUCAGCAACCGCGCCACUCUUUCCUUUAGUAGCUUGCUCUAGCAUUUGCUAAGGACAGGGCUUAGUAUUAACAAUGUCCAGGUUUGGGCCCUGCUCGCCCCUCAGGGCUGCCUGGCUGCAGGUGGUUCCCUGAGGAGCGCUGCCGGGGAGCGCGCGUUAGGCCCUGGCCGGCCUCCGGCCGCCUCAGCCCGCCUUCGACGCUUUUCCACCUGUGAGGCUGCUUGGAGAGCACCAGCUCAGUAACUGUACCAGAAACACUGUUGUUUGUUUCAACUCUUGAUGGGAGUUUGCAUGCUGUCAGCAAGAGGACGGGAGCAAUCAAGUGGACUUUAAAAGAAGAUCCUGUGCUCCAGGUGCCAAUUCACGUGGAAGAGCCAGCAUUUCUUCCAGACCCAAAUGAUGGCAGUUUGUAUACGCUGGGUGGCAAGAACAGUGAAGGCUUGACCAAACUUCCAUUUACAAUCCCAGAGCUGGUGCAGGCAUCUCCCUGUCGCAGUUCAGAUGGGAUCCUGUACAUGGGUAAAAAGCAGGAUAUUUGGUAUGUGAUUGACCUCAUGACUGGGGAGAAACAGCAAACCUUGACCUCCUCGUUUGCAGAAAGUCUUUGCCCAUCAACCUCCCUCCUGUAUCUUGGGAGAACAGAGUACACGAUCACAAUGUAUGACACCAAGAAGAAGGAGCUGCGAUGGAAUGCCACCUACUUUGACUAUGCAGCUACUCUGCCUGAUGAAGACAUCAAAUACAAAAUGUCCCACUUUGUGUCCAAUGGAGAUGGCCUGGUGGUGACCGUGGACAGCGAGUCCGGGGACGUGCUGUGGAUCCAGAACUACGCGUCUCCAGUGGUGGCUUUUUACAUCUGGCAGCGCGAGGGGCUGCGGAAGGUUCUGCACACCAACGUGGGGAUAGAGACCCUGCGGUACCUCACCUUCAUGUCUGGGGAGGUUGGACACAUUACCAAGUGGAAAUACCCUUUCCCAAAGGAAACAGAGACCAAGAGCAAACUGACACCAACUCUCUAUGUAGGGAAAUACUCCACAAGUUUGUAUGCAUCACCCUCCAUGGUGCAUGAAGGAGUAACUGUUUUGCCCCGUGGCAGUGCCAUACCCUUGUUAGAGGGUCCGAAGACAGAAGGGGUCACGAUUGAGGACAACGGCGAGUGCGUUAUCACCCCCAGCACGGAUGUGAAGUUCUCAGGCAGAUUGAAGGAGAAGAACAAACUCAACUACUGGAACGACUGGCUCCUCAUAGGGCACCAUGAAACACCAUUAUCUGCCCCGACAAAGAUCCUGGAGAAAUUCCCAAGCAACUUACCUAAGAGGCCUGAAAACGUGAUCCCGGCUGACUCUGAUAAAGCCACUAUUGAAAAGGUUAUUGAUGUCAUUGAAGGCUCCUCAACAGAAGUGCCUCCUGCUCUUCCAAAGGAUCUGGAGGAGAAACCUGCUCGGACUGUCCCUCGGCCAGAGGCUCCUGUGGACUCCAUGUUGAAGGAUAUGGCCACCAUCAUUCUCAGCACUUUCCUGCUUGUGGGCUGGGUGGCUUUUAUCAUCACGUACCCAAUGAGUGUGCAUCAGCAGCAACAGAGACAGCAUCAGCUGGAGGAGAAGAUACAGCUCCUGCAGCAACAGAAGCUGCCCUUCCGUGCUCCCAGUGACCUACCCCCAGACGCAGAUUUCCUGGACACCUCUUAUGGGCAGACAGAGAGCUCAGCUACCAGCACCCCAAAUGUGUCCCCCAGAGCAUCAAACCAUUCUGCAUAUUCCAACAUCUCCACAUCUGAUGUUGGGAGCUGCCUCUCCACUGAACAAGAUGAGGAAGAUGAAGAUGCAAACAGAGUGAUGGUUGGCAAGAUUUCCUUUAACCCAAAAGAUGUCCUGGGACAUGGUGCUGAAGGGACAAUUGUUUACAGGGGGACGUUUGAUAACCGUGAUGUUGCAGUGAAAAGAAUCCUCCCAGAGUGCUUCAGCUUUGCAGACCGGGAGGUGCAGCUGCUGCGGGAGUCGGACGAGCAUCCCAACGUGAUCCGCUACUUCUGCACGGAGAAGGACCGGCAGUUCCAGUACAUCGCCAUCGAGCUCUGCGCCACCACGCUGCAGGAGUACGUUGAGCAGAAGGCCUUCAGUCACCAUGGCUUACAGCCCAUCACUCUCCUGCAACAAACAACAUCUGGUCUUGCUUACCUGCACUCCCUCAGCAUCGUCCACAGGGACCUGAAGCCCCAUAACAUCCUCAUCUCAAUGCCCAACGCCCACGGGCAAGUCAAGGCUAUGAUUUCAGACUUUGGGCUGUGCAAGAAGCUGGCCGUGGGCAGGCACAGCUUCAGCCGCCGCUCGGGCGUGCCCGGCACCGAAGGGUGGAUCGCCCCGGAGAUGCUGAGUGAAGAUUCCAAAGAGAACCCUACAUGUACCGUGGACAUCUUUUCAGCUGGCUGUGUCUUUUAUUACGUGGUGUCUGAAGGCAGCCAUCCCUUUGGCAAAUCUCUGCAGCGCCAGGCCAACAUCCUGCUGGGCGCCUACAGCCUGCAGGCUCUCGACGCAGGGAGGCACGAAGACAUAGUUGCUCGUGAUUUAAUAGAGCAAAUGAUAAACAUGGAUCCUCAGAAACGUCCCUCUGCAAGCUGUGUGCUCAAACACCCAUUCUUUUGGAGUUUAGAAAAGCAGCUCCAGUUUUUUCAGGAUGUUAGUGACCGGAUAGAAAAAGAAUCGUUAGAUGGUCCAAUAGUCAAGCAAUUGGAAAGAGGUGGAAGAGAGGUGGUGAAGAUGGACUGGAGAGAGCACAUCACUGUUCCUCUUCAGACAGAUCUUCGAAAAUUCCGAUCCUACAAAGGGGGGUCCGUGCGGGAUCUUCUGAGGGCGAUGAGAAAUAAGAAGCACCAUUACAGAGAACUGCCUCCUGAAGUGCAGGAGACUCUGGGCUCCAUCCCAGAUGAAUUUGUAUGUUACUUUACAGCUCGUUUCCCUCACCUACUCCUCCACACCUACAAUGCAAUGCACAUCUGCUGCCAAGAAAGACUGUUUCAGCAUUACUAUGAUCAGGACACUGCAGAGUUAAGCCUUGCAGGUGACACUGUUUGAGAGGGGUGAAGCUUUCUCUUCUGGGACCAACAUUCCAAGCACAGGGCUGUGAAACAGGCCUACUUUUAGCAAGGGAAAAGCGGGAUCAAAGAGCUGAAUUCUCUCUUGGAAGACGUCAAGCUUCCAAAAAAAGUGCCUUGUACCUCUGCCUGCACUGGAUCAGGAGAUGGUAGGAGCCCAAGAAGCAAGGGCUGACUUCAGACAAGCAGUGAACCCUGGUGAUGGGGUUACUCUGUGGCAAUUUUCAAGAUGGUGAAAAUGGAGAGCAAAAGCUGGAAGGGAGAGUCACCCAAUAUCCCUGUACUGUACCUGAUUUCAUAACUGAUGUGUUUUAUUACAGAGAAUCAAAAUACAGUAAAUGAAAGCAUAAAAUUCCUAGGGAUGGGGAUUUGCAAAAGGAGCCUUUUAGUUGUAGCAAAUCAUCAGACCCUGCUAUUGCACUACUGCCACGUUAUGCAUUAGGCACAUCACAGUGAUUGUAAAGGGAAUAAUUUCUAGUUACUCCAAAACAGCAGAAUACAGUUUCUGUUUAAUCAGUACUACCCUGGAAAAUUAUUCCCUCCUACUUGAUCAGAUAUAAUGAAGUUCUAAAACAAAUACUGACUUGAAAAAUCAGUUAAAGGUUUACCUACUUUGAAAUUAAGCUUCAUUGUUUAAAUAUCAACCAGUAUUCACAGAAGAGCUUGAACAGGCCUUGACUUAAAUCACAGUAUCACAACAGAUCUGCAGUAACUGCAGGAAAACACACUGAUAUCAGCUGUGAGCUGCUAAUCAUUUCUCUACUGCAAGUGUUCCUUACGUUGGUAGGAAGAAAGGUCCCCAGAUGCAAAGAGUUAAGAUGAAUCCUGGGGAGAAAAAAAAAAUAUAUAUAAAAAAAGGAGCUAAACAGGGAACUAUGAGAGUUGUACAGACCAGUGAAAUUAGAGGCAGAGUUUUUAAUGGGUGGCUAAGGCUGUAGAGGAACCCCCAUUUUCUGCUUGUAUGGGUUGUGAAUUACAUCCAAGUGAGCCUGGUUUUAAAGAUGCAGUAUUUCUUUUCAUUGGCCCUAAAGCUGUGACAAAGCAUUAAGUGUGUGCAAAGGAUGAAGAACUGCUGAAUUCUAAUCUAAGUGGGGUGGUCUUUUACAAUAUUUAUUUAAUGUAUUUAUAUUUAUUUAAUUUUUACUACAAGAAGUGGUAUCAAAUCCAAGUGGUACAAGUUUAAAGCAUGCCAGAUCAUUCUUAAUCAGUUUUGUGCUUAUAUUUAAUCAUAUUAUAGCAACUGGAAGAGGAAAGUGAUACUGCAUCUUUCAAUGGAAUUCAUUAAAGGAGAAAUUACAAAGUGGGAAUGUGUAUGACUGCCAUUGUUCUUAAUACAUUAUUGACAGUCAUGUGUGUGGUUGGGUAUGUACAGCUACUUUUCUGGAGCUACUUUAUGGGAAAGGUUGUUUUUUUUUUCCUAGUUGUACAACGUGAGCAAGUUACCUAAGAUGCCAACUGUGCAAGUUACAUGUUUCUAAAGCUUGACAACAACAAAAAAAUUGGUAGUUUUUACCUAAGAAGAUUCAAAGCCUAUUUCAUAUUUUUGUACUUCUCAUGUAAAGUUGUUUUGUAAGUCUACCAAAUAAAAGACUUGUACUCAGAAAUAAAGUAAAUCCACAACUUA